UUCCCAAGGCAACAUUUACAAUUUAGCAAUCAUGGCGGAAGGUGGGCGAUCGAUCCUCGAUGAACAGAAGACGGAGAUAAAGGAUCUGCUUAAAACCUCCCUACGUUCAGGGGAUACAUGGUAUUUAGUGUACUCCAAAUGGUUCAAACAAUGGAAGAAAUAUGUUGGAUAUGACAGUUGGGACAUGUACAAUGUGGGCAUGGAAACUGCUUUCCCUGGCCCAGUGGAUAACUCUCCGCUUAUCUGUUCAGAUGGUACAUUACAAGGAAAAUUAAUUGAUGAUCUGGAUUAUGUAUUGCUGCCAACCAAAGCAUGGGAGAAACUGGUGUUCUGGUAUGGCAUUAUGGAAGGCCAGAAACCUAUUGCCCGUAAAGUUGUUGAGUAUGGUACGUUUGUAAAGCAUUGCAAGGUGGAAGUUUACCUGAUGGAGUUGAAGCUUUGCAGUAACAGCAAUCCAGUAAAUUGUGUUAGCAAGAAGUUUAGCAAAGCAGAUACAAUAGGAACUAUUGAGAAUGUAAUGAGAGAAGUUUUCAAUAUACCAAACAAGACUGAGAUUACAAUAUGGUGUAAGUACAUGAGCAAUACAUAUGAGCAGCUUGCAAAGAAAGACAACACAGUCCAAGAUGCUGGUCUACAUCAAGGACAGGUUUUAGUUGUGGACCAAAAACAUGAUGAUGGGCCGUGGCCAUGUAGAAUGACAAUUUCUCCAUCUAGCAGGAAGAGCCAAUCAAGUGCUAACAGUCAUGGUAGUUCAAGCUCUAGGUCAAUCCAGAGUAUGUGUACCACUGCAUCUAAAUGUGUUUCUAAAGAGAUCAUUGCUGGUAUUGAGGCUACAGCGCUCCAAUGUCCUUUAUGUUUGGACCGCUUUACAAACCCAAAGUUACUCCCAUGUGUCCAUUCAUUUUGUCUUGUGUGCGUUGAAAAAUGGGUGAAAGAAAGCAAAGGCAGACUCAGCUGUCCGACAUGUCGUAAAGUCUGCAAAAUUCCGAAAGAGGGACUUAAAAAACUUCCGAACAAUAUUUUUAUCAUUGGAUUGUUAGAUUAUGUGACUGCAUUGGAACAGAAAUCGGUUCCAAAAUGCGCUUGUCAAAAGGCGGCCAGUUAUUUCUGUCAAGAGUGUGAAGAAUUGUACUGUACAGAAUGUAAAGAUUCUCACAGAAUAAUAAAAACAGCACGAGAUCAUACCAUACUAAGCCUGGAAGAAUACAAAUCCAUCGAUCCUGUUGAAAAAUUUGCAUCAAAACCUAUAAAUUGCCCAAAACAUACAAUGCCGUUUCAUUUCUUCUGCGACACAUGCAAGAAACCGGUUUGUGUGGGAUGUACACAGCUUGAACAUCCUAGAAGCAACGACCAUAACAUCAUCGAUACAAAGGACGCAUUCCAAACCAUCUCAACUGUUGCUUCUCAACUUGUUGCAGCAUCAGAUGAAAAAUUACUCUCUCUUCGUGCUUCUAUCAAAAAACUUAAAAAGUCUGAGUCUCUUCUGAAUUCAAAUUACACUAAGUGUAAAACAGAUAUAAGAAGACAAAGAGAUGAGCUCUGUCAAUUGAUAGAUCUCCGUAUGGAUGACCAACUGCAGAAUCUUGAAUCAUGUUAUAAACAAAAGCUGAAGGUAAAUGGAACUCAGAUCAAUGAGGUAGAAUUGGCCAUCGCUAAAUUAUCUAGCAUGCGUGAAAUUUCACACAACUUGGUUAAGAGUCCCAACCAGGUUAUGGCACUGAUGUCAAUUUCCGACGCUUGUGGAAGACUGCAGGAAGUUCUGGAUGAGGAAGUUAGUACCAAACCUCAAGAAUCAAGCAAUAUGAGGUAUUAUCCAAACAGUACAUUACUUAAAGAACCCUUAGGUGAACUAUGUGCGCAUGAAAGAAAUGCUUCAUCUGAUUAAGCUACCAUGUCUAAAAAAAAAAUGAGGAUGAGAGGAAGAAGUUCACAGAAAUUGUAUAACUUGAAAUGAAUGUAAAUGUAAAUAGAACUGAUAGUGGACAGAACAACAGUGUUCGGGUUUUGGUAGACUUCAGGUGCAAAUUGAGGUGCCGCAUACAGUAACUGAUAGAUUCAACUGGUUGUACAGCUAAAAGAACUUAAAGAUUGGUUUCCAAACCCUCUUAUAUCAUGUAUAAAUGUUCUCACAUGGAAUAAUAACUGAAAUGUGUAUAAAUCCAAUACACAUAAAAUAAAAGGUUUGGGGUCUACCACAAUGAUUAGUGUUCAAUGAAAUUGUAUUCAAGAUACCCUUCACUGGAAGUCUAGAUUUCGACAAUGAGCAUACUACACAGUAUAUUCAGAUUUAAUUUUGGUAUCUUUAAUUUCUGUACUGUAGGUUGUAAAAAAUACUUAAGAUAGAUUUAAAAAUUUACGUUUUUAGGUUUCAUUCAAUUUAUAGACAUUUUUAUACCGUGGAGUUAAAUUAAAAUUUUUCCCUCCAGUGGUAUUUUUGGGGAAUACUGUAAUAUGAUUUGAAAAUAUUAAUGCCUAUAAUCGUUUUGUGUAAUAUUUUGAUACCAUAUUACAAUGUAAAACAUUUAUCACAUUUAUCAUUUAACAUUUUCUAAUAUAUACAGAGAUAUUGGUAUCGUUUAUAAGGUUAUAAAAAAACUUUUCAAGAGAGGAAAAAUGAUCAUUUUUGAGUAUUGUUCAGUUUAGGGCAGGGGUUUAGCCAGAAAAACGAAAUAGGCUGUCCAAAGUGGAAGCCAGUGCCUAUCGUGCCUAUCGACUCAGUUCCACACCCAUCUUUGGGAAUCCCCACUGAACAUUGGUACGAAAACAGCGUACAUUCAAUCAAUAAAUGUUUUUUUUUGUUUAGUUUAAUGUAAUAUUCAAUAGAUUUUAAGAAUAUAAAGGAUUUGCUAAAGGUAGACAAGGCCCAAUUAGGCUAGGCCAAGCUGAUUAGGCCAAGCUGUCACGGUAAAGGUGGCCGUCCUAAAUAAUUGUAGGCCAUCCAAAAGAUGGCCGGACGGCUCGCUGGAUAAGCUAAUAGUUUAUUGUCAGUGUCUCUAAAUAUUAAAUAUUUGAUAAUUGAAACAUAGAUAUUUCUUGGUUCUGCUGUAAUUAUUACAGUAGGACUCAACAUAUUUUAUUUAAUUUAUUUAUUUUUUUUCAUUUUAAGCUUAAAAAUACCAUUUUGAUAUAAUACACUAUAUACUUUAGCUCAUCAUAUGAGGCAUGCCAUGGCGAAAGGGUUAAGUUGUCGCAAAGGCCAGUAUUGAGUAAAUGAGCUAUAAAAUAUAGGAACUCAAAAAAUUGCCAAAAAAUCAGAAGUUUAAUAUCUUAUUAAUCAUAUUCUAAAGUAGUAGUUCUUGAAAUGGUCAACAAUUUAUUUAUUUAAUGUUAUUUUGAUCGUUAAUCAAUGUAUGCACAUAUAACUUUGGUAAGGACGGCGCUAGCGCGGGGGAUGGUUGUCCAGGACCCCCGGUAGGGACUUGUGUACCCCACAAGUUCAAUUUAGGUAUGCUUUAUACUAAGCUGUUAAGUUUUAGGAAUUAAAAACUGUAUAGUGUGAGCAGCGCUACUGUAUGUGUGAGGCUUUGUAUACUAUCGCGAUCGUAUGGGUUGCGGUGGAAGCACCAGAUCUUCCCCGACAGGUGUUUAUUACCCCGACAGGGGGCGUCUGGUAUUCUAUCUAAUUAUUCUUUUUAAAUAAAGAAUACCUUUGUCAACACAAUUUUUUCCUACAAAGAGGGGGUUGGGGUAUGCUAGGCUUCUUCGACGUGGUGGGGGGUGUGGACCCCUUGUCGGGAAUUCCUGGCAACGCCCCUGGGAUGGCAAUUACUCAAAAUCAUGUUUGUUGUGACUCUAAUAGUGCUGUACUUUACAAUAACUUAGGUUUGAAAUGUCGAAUUUCAAUGAAUGACCCCUCAUUUUAAAGAUUACAUACGCAGGUAUUUGAAAAUACUAAUAACUUGAAUUAAAAUUGUUGCAACAAAAGCCAUUUUGCCACAACAUGCCUCAUAUUAGCUGUUUAAAACCUGUUGCUUCUUUCCUACAAAAUAAUGGGUAAUCAGGUACGGCGGAAGCUAUUUUUAUUGGUGCAGCCAAAUAUACAUUAAUCAUCAUCGCA